UCGCCACGGAGCUUACGUAGUUAGCUAGGUGCGUUUGCGUGCAUGGAGUUGGCUACGGCCUCCACGAUGUCCGCGGCGGCCGUGACUCGCCGGAUCAACGCGGGCGGCCUCCGCGUCGAGGUCACCAACGGCAAUGGCGCGGCCGGCGUCUACGUGGCGGCGGCGGCGGCACCGUGCUCGCCGGCGGCCAAGCGGGUGAACGACGGCGGCGGCAAGGAUGACGUGUGGGUGGCCGUCGACGAGGCGGACGUGUCGGGGCCCAGCGGCGGCGAUGGCGUUCGGCCGACGCUGUUCCGGACGUACAAGGUCAAGGGCAGCAUCCUGCAUCCUUACAGGUUCUUGAUCCUAGUUCGACUGAUCGCCAUCGUCGCCUUCUUCGCGUGGCGCGUACGCCACAAGAACCGCGACGGCGCGUGGCUGUGGACAAUGUCCAUGGCCGGCGACGUCUGGUUCGGCUUCUCGUGGGCGCUCAACCAGCUCCCGAAGCUGAACCCCAUCAAGCGCGUCGCGGACCUCGCCGCCCUCGCCGACCGGCAGCAGCACGGCACCUCCGGCGGCGGCGAGCUCCCCGGCGUCGACGUCUUCGUCACCACCGUCGACCCCGUCGACGAGCCGAUCCUCUACACCGUGAACUCCAUCCUCUCCAUCCUCGCCGCCGACUACCCGGUGGACAGGUACGCCUGCUACCUGUCCGACGACGGCGGGACGCUGGUCCACUACGAGGCCAUGGUGGAGGUCGCCAAGUUCGCUGAGCUGUGGGUGCCCUUCUGCCGGAAGCACUGCGUCGAGCCGAGGGCGCCGGAGAGCUACUUCGCGAUGAAGACGCAGGCGUACAGGGGCGGCGUCGCCGGCGAGCUGAUGAGCGAUCGCCGCCGCGUGCGGCGAGAGUACGAGGAGUUCAAGGUCAGGAUCGACUCGCUGUUCAGCACCAUUCGCAAGCGAUCUGACGCGUACAACAGAGCGAAGGAUGGCAAAGAUGACGGUGAAAACGCGACAUGGAUGGCUGAUGGGACGCAUUGGCCCGGCACAUGGUUUGAGCCGGCGGAGAAUCACCGGAAAGGGCAACACGCUGGGAUUGUUCAGGUUUUACUGAACCAUCCCACCAGUAAGCCACGGUUUGGAGUGGCGGCGAGUGUUGACAACCCGUUGGACUUCAGCGGCGUGGACGUGCGGCUCCCCAUGCUGGUGUACAUCUCGCGCGAGAAGCGCCCCGGGUACAACCACCAGAAGAAGGCCGGCGCCAUGAACGCGCUGCUCCGCGUGUCCGCGCUGCUGUCGAACGCGCCCUUCAUCAUCAACUUCGACUGCGACCACUACGUCAACAACUCGCAGGCGUUCCGUGCGCCGAUGUGCUUCAUGCUCGACCGGCGCGGCGGCGGCGACGACGUGGCGUUCGUCCAGUUCCCGCAGCGGUUCGACGACGUCGACCCGACGGACCGGUACGCGAACCACAACCGCGUCUUCUUCGACGGCACCACGCUCUCCCUCAACGGCCUCCAGGGCCCCUCCUACCUCGGCACCGGCACCAUGUUCCGCCGCGCCGCGCUCUACGGCCUGGAGCCGCCGCGGUGGGGGGCGGCGGGGAGCCAGAUCAAGGCCAUGGACAAUGCCAACAAGUUCGGCGCCUCGUCGACGCUAGUCAGCUCGAUGCUGGACGGCGCCAACCAAGAACGGUCGAUCACGCCGCCCGUGGCGAUCGACGGGUCGGUCGCCCGUGACCUCGCCGCCGUGACGGCGUGCGGCUACGACCUCGGGACGUCGUGGGGGAGAGACGCCGGGUGGGUGUACGACAUCGCGACGGAGGACGUGGCGACCGGGUUCCGCAUGCACCAGCAGGGAUGGCGCUCCGUGUACACCUCCAUGGAGCCCGCCGCGUUCCGCGGCACGGCGCCGAUCAACCUCACCGAGCGCCUCUACCAGAUCCUAAGGUGGUCGGGCGGCUCGCUCGAGAUGUUCUUCUCCCACAGCAACGCGCUCCUCGCCGGCCGCCGCCUCCACCCGCUGCAGCGCAUCGCCUACCUCAACAUGUCGACCUACCCGAUCGUCACCGUGUUCAUCUUCUUCUACAACCUCUUCCCGGUGAUGUGGCUCAUCUCCGAGCAGUACUACAUCCAGCAGCCAUUCGGCGAGUACCUCCUCUACCUCGUCGCCAUCAUCGCCAUGAUCCACGUGAUCGGCAUGUUCGAGGUGAAGUGGUCGGGCAUCACGGUGCUGGACUGGUGCCGCAACGAGCAGUUCUACAUGAUCGGCUCCACGGGGGUGUACCCGACGGCGGUGCUGUACAUGGCGCUCAAGCUCUUCACCGGGAAGGGCAUCCACUUCAGGCUCACGUCGAAGCAGACGACGGCCAGCUCCGGCGACAAGUUCGCCGACCUGUACACCGUGCGGUGGGUGCCUCUGCUGAUCCCGACCAUCGUCGUCCUGGCCGUGAACGUCGGCGCCGUCGGGGUGGCGGUCGGCAAGGCAGCGGCGUGGGGGUUGCUCACCGAGCAGGGGCGGUUCGCGGUGCUCGGGAUGGUGUUCAACGUGUGGAUCCUGGCGCUCCUCUACCCGUUCGCGCUGGGGAUCAUGGGGCAGCGGGGGAAGCGGCCGGCGGUGCUGUUCGUGGCGACGGUGAUGGCCGUCGCCGCCGUGGCGAUCAUGUACGCCGCCUUCGGUGCGCCGUACCAAGCUGGGUUGUCAGGUGUCGCGGCUUCUCUCGGUAAAGCGGCGUCGCUGACCGGGCCAUCUGGGUAGGGACGACAUGAGUCCGGAUUUGAAUUUGAUGAAUGAUCUCGCGGGGGUAAUAAUCCGGGUGUUCAGAUAUAUCUCGUUACGUCAUGAGGGCGGCAGCUGAUUAUGUGCUAGUCUACUCUGAUCGAGUGAGACUUGAAUUAUUUUUUAAAAUGUGAAGACUUGAAUUAUUUUAUUUUAUUUUAUUUGUUCAGUGUGAUAUGUUGGCAUUAAAUUCAUGGAGAACUUUUUUUU